AACUUUUGCGAAAAAUGUAUCGAUACUUGUAAGGAAGACUUACUGUUUUUGUUUUUCUACUUCGUUGGGACACUCUUACAAUGUUGACAUCACAAUUUGAACGUUGACCUUUAGUUAACGCUGUGGAUAGAUUACCGUGUUAGGAACAUAUGUUCAUUUUAAUGGUAUGUACCGAAUGUACUAUACUUUGUUAUGUUCGGAGUAGAUUCCGAAAAUAAACAUCCGUCAUAGGAGUUUAUUAGUGUACUGAAUAAACCUUUUUUUUCGGAAUAAUUUUUCGUUUGUUAAAUAUUCGGGUUGAUUAUAUUUACAGUUUUUGUUAACUAUAAAGAGCAAAUCAAUCAAGUUAUUCUCUGAAAUCUGUGGCGUGUGUCAACCGAUACUGACAACAGAGUUUCAGUAUGACGAAAUUAUUCUUAAUGAGUGGGUAUUGGCAGCAUGAGUUUUGUUAAGCUCCUGCGUGAUGUCUGUCGAAAUGUUCAGUCGUCGUAGCUUACUUCAAGCCAGCAAAAAAGCCCAUUCACGUAAGAUCGUUAUUCUCAAAAUACUUCGUAGAAUUGCUGCUAUUAUGUUAUUUCAUUACAAUAAAAAAUACUUGUUUUCGUGGUAAAACGUUUAUAAAUCCAUAUGUUCAAUCUGCCGGCAGAUGCUAUGAAUAAGCGUAAUGUUUACAUUGCUUUGGUCCAGUGUUAGAGUUCAGUGGUCUAUCGACAGCCCAACGUUGUUGCCAUGAAAGGCACUACACUUGAUGAGUUGUAUGAACGACCUACAGUAUUGCUCGUCUGGGUUGGUUGCAUCCAAAGUUUUUUCCACUCAGUAACCACUCCGCCUUAAUGUUAUUUAGAAUCGUUGUUUCUGUUGUCGAUACAUCAAGUCUGAUAGAUAAUUUUAAAUCAAACUAUUUUAUGAAGUUUUUUGUAUUACUGCUGAAAAUAUUAUAUGAUCGGGAACGUUUUAUACCUAGUUAGUAACAGCUGCAGUUAAUGCACACUACCACCGGCCUCAGUACCACAGUUGACCAUGUAUAAUGUGAGCAUGUCAACAUUUUCUCCAUAUAACCGUCAUACUAUUAUUUGAAAAUUACUACCAAUGGAUCCCUUCCACUUUGUCAAUGAAUUCCAUCGAUUAAAUCUAACAACAGGACUACCAAAUUAUGGUUAUAUAUAUUAUGCUGAUCUUUACUCUUCGAAUUCAUUCAUUUUGGAGAUUUUAAUCAGCUUGCUAUGUAUUGGUGGUAUUACAUCAAAUUGCCUUUUGUUUAUCUUCCACAUAUGUGCUAUACUGUAUGGUAAAAAACAUUUGUAUCAGGUGCCUUAUCCAAUAUAUCUACAGAAAAUGUAUAAAUAUCCAUUGUAUCGCCGAUGUAUGCGUCGAUUGUUUAUAAUAUUUUGUAAAUGGCCAUUAUCAUAUAUUGUUUCACUUAUUACCUUGUGUUUACAAUGUAUAUUUUGUAAUAAAUGCAAAGGUAAGGUUAACAAGCUAACGACAACAAAGCAUAAUAACGCUACAAUUAUAUCAACAACAAAUGCUGACAUUAAUACUAUAACUACCUCUCAGAGUACACUUAUUCCACUGUCGACAGAUAAUCACAAUGGUAAUAUAUACAAUAAUAAUAACGUAAUGAUUGAUAUGAAGUUUGAAGUGCAUUGGCCCGGUGUUUCGAUUCUCAAACCUUUAUCUGGUAGAGAUCCAAAUUUAGAAACUAAUUUGUUAUCAUUUUUCCAAAUGGAUUAUCCUGUAUUUGAAUUGCUGUUUUGUAUAGCUGAUAAAGAAGAUCCAGCUUAUGAGCUUGCUGAACGUUUAAUUAAACAAUAUCCACAUGUUGAUGCACACAUUAUCAUAGCCAAAGAUUUAUUUGGUAUUAACCCGAAGAUUAAUAAUUUACAAGCUGGUUAUGAAGCUUCCAAGUAUUCGUUGCUAUUAAUAUCAGAUUCAGGUUUAUGGAUGCGUUCAGAUGCAUUAAUAGAUAUGGUAUCAUCAUUAGAAGUGGAUCCAAAAGUUGGUCUCAUCCAUCAAGUGCCUUAUAUGAAGCCAUAUAAUGGAAUUUUAUCAUCUAUACGAGACAUAAACAUUGCAUCUUUUCAAGGACGCUCCAAACAUAUUAAUUGUAAUCAAGUUCAUAAGACAACAUUGAGAGCAAGGACAUCAAUAGAUUUAGAUUAUAUUCCAACCAUUUGUGAACAGCCAUCAUUUACUUGGGUUGUACAGUUAGUUUUUUUUUCAUGUUGGCAUGCAAAAGUCUAUUUAACUGCAUCAUUUCUUAAUGUGAAUUGUGUAACUGGCAUGUCAUGUCUAUUACGUAAGUCAACAUUAAGUGAUUCCGGUGGUUUUAAACAAUUUGGCUGUUAUCUAGCAGAAGAUUAUUUCAUAACAAAGUAUAUAUCUAAUCGAGGUUGGAAAAUAACUUUAUCUCAUCAACCAGCUUGGCAAAACUCACCAUCACCUUGUCUAUAUCAAUUUUAUUUACGAAUAUUACGUUGGUCACAGUUAAGACUAAGUAUGGCGAUUUUGAGUUUUAUAUUUGAACCAUUCACAAGAUGCCUACCAAAUGCUUUAUUGGGAGCUUUCACAUUUGCUUAUAUUUUUCCAAAUUUUAUUGAUCCAGGUGUAUAUUUUAUGUGUUAUACCCUUAUAUGGUUUUUGUUAGAUUAUAUAUUAUUACGUCAAAUUUAUCCACCGGCAACUCCAAUAUGUAUCACAAAAUUAGAAUAUCUUGUAGCUUGGUUAUUUUCUGAAUUGUUAGCUUUUCCACUGCAUUUAACAGCAGCUUGUUUUCGUGAAGUACGUUGGCGUGAUAAACGAUUUCGUAUACGAUGGGGUGGGAUUUCUGAACGAAUUGAUCAACACAAUGUCAUAUAAUUUUAUAAUAAGUUUUGUUGAUAUAUGAAUUGAAAAAGUUACAACAUUUAAUUGUAGAUUAUUUAUUGGUGUAUUAUAUAUUUCUGUUACUUUGAUCACUAAAUCUGGUCUUUCCACUUCAAAAUGACAAUAUUAUUUUUUAGGAAUAAGAAAUUAAUCUUCAGUAUAUAUAUAACCAUUACUACUGUUGUUCUCUGUUUUCGUUUGUCUCUAUUGUUAUUUUUCACUGUGGUUAUUAUUAUCAUUCUUACUAUUAUUAUUGAUAUGAGACCUAAAAGAAAGAUUGUAAAUAUAAAAAUAUAUACAUAUAUUAUUAUGACU